CUCAACUAGAAGUAACUCAAUAUUAUUUGAAACAAAAAUAUGAAAAAGAAUUGAUAAUAAAUAUGUUGGGGCAUGUUCAACAUGAUGAUUAUAAUGAAUAUUGUUUAAAAUUUGCAUUUGAAAACU